AUGUUUCAUGGCCUGGAUUAUAUGCACAGAAACGGCUAUUUCCACGGUGAUUUGAAGACCGCUAACGUCUUGUUUAACGAUGGUUCCCGUGUCGUCAAGAUUGCAGAUUUGGGUUCUGCUAUGGAGAUCGAUUCACCCCCCCCCUAUACAGACUACGUCACCACUCGCCCUUAUCGAGCUCCUGAGGUGUUGCUUCAGUCAGGCCUCUACGGUCCUAAGGUCGAUAUGUGGGCAAUGGGCGCCAUCAUGGCAGAGCUGUUUUCAUUCCGGACUCUGUUUCCCGGUCAAAGUGCUGAUGAUCAGAUGUUAAAGAUUUGCAGCGUCAUUGGCAGUCCAACUUGGGAUACACGGCCAGAGGGACAUAUUCUUGCCCAAAACUUGAACUAUGAGUUUCCACAACUUCGCAGUGUUGGUCUAUCUGCGAUGGUUCCUUCCGCAAGCAGAUCUGCCGUCCAGCUGAUUUCUUCCCUUUGUUCUUGGGACCCUUCCGCAAGGCCUACUGCUGCUGAAGCACUCAAGCAUCCCUUCUUCGUUGGCAACCACAAGAUUCCACGCGCCAUCCCUUUGAGACAAAGCAAUAUUCGGCUUGCGUCCAAUUCUCUUAUUUUCGUGUAG